GCGCGCACCCGCGGCCGACUCGGGUCCACGAGCCUCCGCGGCUUUGUUUCCCCCUGCGCCUCGCGGGGGCUUCUUGAGAGGCGGGGGCUCAGUCGAACUAGGCGCCUCCCCUCGGAAGGUGCGGUGCGGACUCGCCCCGCCUCCGCUCAGCCAUUCGCCUUGCCCCGGGGAGGAGGAAGUGGCCGCUAUUUCCUGGGUGCCCCACCCGGGGUGAGAAGAAGCAGACCCUGUCAGGGAAGCUGCGCCCCUGCCCCGCUCCCCACAAAACGCGCACGGUGCUGCCUGUGUUCCUCAGGUAACCCUUCCGGCAGCCGUGAGGUGGGGGGGGCAGAGGGGGCGUAGCCUUGUGAGGAGAAAAUAAGAAAGACACGAACAGGCGCGAGAGAGGGGGGUGGGGAAGAAGGAGGUGAGAGACGGUUUGGGUGGGGGGGUCAUUGCUAAAUUAUCCGGGGCGAGGGAGUGGGCCGCCCGCCCAUUGACUUCUCAAAAGUCCGCCCCUGUACUUGAUUAAGGCAAAUGAGGGGCUGGGCUUGGGUAUUAUCACAUAGCUGAUACAUUUAUAUGCACAUAUAUCUCCGGGGCAGUCACUAAAUUCUGAUGGUAAUCUGUUGCCUGAAGACGCAACUUGAUGCACCUGACAGCGCAAAUCCCAGUAACAAUAGAUUAUUCCGUUUUUCGGAUGCACUUCCUUAAGUCUUUUGUUCCGCAUAAUUCUGAUGGUUUAUGUGGGCAAAUAUCCAAGCUCGUAUGUCAUCCCUCUAUUUGCCUUUUGUCUAGGUGGUAGUUUGUCCUUGCAUAUCUGGAGCAGAAUGGCUUCAGUUGGUGAAGUCUGGAGACUUAACAUUAUUUUGCAAGUUUGUUUUUUGCUUGUGUGUGUAUUCAGAUGGGUAGACAAGAUAACUGGCAGGGUGUGCUUUAAAUAACUUCUUCUAUACUUGGAAGCUACGUUGCUGUUGCCAGCAGCUUCUUACUAAUUGUAUGGACCAAUAAAGUAUAAAGAGGUAAACAAUAGUCUCCUAGUGUGUGUUGCACUGUACUACAGCAGUUUGUAAUGGAUGUUCUACGUUAGUCUAGCAGCGACUUCUACUGGAAAGUCUUCUGUUAACUUUAUCUGUGUUAUAAUGAUGUGUGUGUUUUUUAAUUGUCAUGUGGAUUUAGCUGUGUUUUAUGUACAAUUUCAUUUGUCCAUUGCUUGGAGAGCACUUUGAUCAAGUAGUUUUUAAACCUGUAGAGUGUUUCGUCAACAUUAAUUUUAUAAUCUCAAGCUUCCAGUGGCUUUAAUAGUUUUUUUAGACUCUAUAUAGGUCAUGUACAGGUUUUUUCAAGUGUAUAAAAACUUUUAAUAUCUGCAAAUUUGACUGCACUUCUUUUCUGUGAAUUACUGUAGAUUCAAUUAAUAUUGUGCUUCUUUAGUAUUGCUAUCUAUAUUUCCCAAGAUCAUUAAAUAACAUUUUUAUUCACAUAUCUGCUUGCCUACCUCAGAUCAUCAUUCCUUUGCAUUGUUGAAUUAUCUUCUGAUAAAGUUUUCUAAGGAUUUUUUUAUUUUGUUAGAUUCAGAAUACUGUUUGGAAUGGUGUAUUAUAAACUUCAGUGAAUCCCUGGUUCAUGAAUAAUUAAAAAACUACCUACAUACUGAUGUCUCCAGAAUCAGUUGCAGAUUGAAAUACUGGUAAGUGUUGUAUGUCUAAUAAGAAUCUAUGGAAUCCAUAGCAGUCUUUACUUGAUUAACAGUUGUGUUCUGAUCCAUGAAUACAAUGCACUUUUCAUGCCAAUACUGUAAAGGAGAUUGAUUGAUACUUGAUUGGCAGUUUUAGUUUUUCUUGAAACAAUGUAAUGGUGAUUUUUACACACUUUAAGGGUAUUUUUAAAAAUUUACUAAGUUUAUAUUGUCUUGGCUAGCUCAUGUUACCAUUCAGCAAGGAAGAAACAAGUUGGAAUAAAAAUGGAUAUGAUGGCUCGAAGUUAUUUGCUUCAGAAUUGCGAGGCAUUGGAAAGAGAUAUCAAAACUUCUUACAUAAUGGAUCAUAUGAUUGCGGAUGAAGCAUUAACAUUGCUGGAAGAGGAGAAAGUAAAAGCCCAGGUAAACUAUUUGCAGUUUUUGUAUUUUAUGCUGCUGUAAUAUUUAAGCACCUACAGACUCUCUUAUAAAUGCAGUGCUCUUCUGGUUCUCAUGGACAUUAGUGCAAUACAAAGUUGAACAUUGAACAUUGAAGUUGUAAAGUUGAUACCUUUAACAGAAAAAGUAGAAAUAUUUUUAGCUAAAUGUAAACCUGGAUUGGCUCCAGAUGAAGCUAGUUGCAAUUAGAUCCCAUGGAUAGUUAGUCAUUAAAUUAACAUGUGACUACCUAUCCAUGGGAACUACCGGUAAUUGCAACUAGCUUCAUCUGGAGACAGAUGGCUUUGAAAUCAGUGGGACUCUCCCCUUUAUUUCAGUGGCCACUAAGUGAAAAUAACUUACUCUGUGACUAAAAACAGUAAUUUAAUAAUGUUAAUAGGAAACAUAGCAAAAUAGACAUGCUCAAUUUACGUCAAAUAAAAUGUUACUGUCUUCAUCUUCUAGAAGAUCUGGUUGCACUCAGACUGUGUCCUAAAAAAAAUUGAGGAGAGGGGUGUCAUUCUUUCAUAGGUUUGAGCAAUUGUCUCCCUGAGUAUCUUAUACAUGGUUUUUCAUAUGAAUGCGUGUUUUUGUUGAAUUAAUACUUUAUAGAUGUGUGCCUGUGGUAUGUACAUGGUAUUAAGGCUGCAAAUGUACACAUGCGUAAAGGUAAAGGGACCCCUGACCAUUAGGUCCAGUCAUGACUGACUCUGGGGUUGCUGCGCUCAUCUCGCUUUAUUGGCCGAGGGAGCCGGUGUAGAGCUUCCGGGUCAUGUGGCCAGCAUGACUAAGCCGCUUCUGGCGAACCAGAGCAGCACACAGAAACGCCGUUUACCUUCCCGCUGGAGCAGUACCUAUUUAUCUACUUGCAUUUUGACGUGCUUUCGAACUGCUAGGUUGGCAGGAGCAGGGACUGAGCAACGGGAGAUCACCCCGUCGCUGGGAUUUGAACCACCGACCUUCUGAUCGGCAAGCCCUAGGCUCUGUGGUUUAACCCACAGCGCCACCCGCCACAUGCUUACCUGGAAGUAAGUCAUAGUGCUCGCAUUUGGACGUCAUCCUAAAUCAUGGUUUAGCACAAUGUGAAUAAACCUAUUCUUCUAGGUGCUUGUGCUCUGCUACCAGGUGGCCAAAAGAAGCUUUCACUUCUGUUUUUAGUUAACUACAGCUUUCUGUGUACAGUUAAUUUAAAUCUGGGUGGGCAAUCUGAGAACUCCAGAUGUUGUUGAACUCAAAUUCCCAUCUCCCCUGACCAUGGUGGUUGGGACUGAUAGAAUACAACAACAUCUGGAGGGCCACAGGUAGUUUAAAACGAGCAAAUUUUAUAAACCAUGACUUGAAAUUGACUUGUUUUAAGCUAAACUGUUUUAAUCUUAACUACUGUGUUAUCACAUAACAUGACAAAUCCUGCUUAACCAAAAGCAACAGUUGCUCAACAACUCUUGGCCAUCUGGGAGGAAGCUCAGAAAGUGCAAAAGGAAACCAGGGUUAUUCAUUUCCUGCAGCUAAACUAUGGCUUAGGAUGACAUUCAAAAACUGCCAUUGAGACUUAUUUUGGAAUAGACAUGCAUCAUAAAAAGGUAAAGGUAAAGGUACCCCUGCCCGUACAGGCCAGUCGUGUCCGACUCUAGGGUUGUGCGCCCAUCUCACUUAAGAGGCUGGGGGCCAGCGCUGUCCGGAGACACUUCCAGGUCACGUGGCCAGCUUGACGAAGCUGCUCUGGCGAGCCAGCACCAGCGCAGCACACGGAAACGCCGUUUACCUUCCCGCUAUAAAGCGGUACCUAUUUAUCUACUGGCACUUAGGGGUGCUUUCGAACUGCUAGGUGGGCAGGAGCUGGGACCGAACGACGGGAGCUCAACCCGCCGCGGGGAUUCGAACUGCUGACCAUGCGAUCGGCAAGCCCUAGGCACUGAGGUUUUACCCACAGCGCCACCCGCGUCCCACGCCACCCGCGUCCCACAAUAUGACAUGCAUCAUAUUGGACUGCAAAAGUGCACAACUGCCUGGAUUGUUCGCUAAGUAACCUAGCAAUUGUUGUAUGGGACAUAAUCCACCUAAAUCCAAACUUUAUUGAUUUCAGUGGAAAAGAUUUAAACGCAAGGUCCCACUAUCACAGCAGAACCUCUGUAUACUUGUCCUUGCGCCUGAAAAGGGGCUUAAAAGUGCUGAAGGUUGGAUAGAUUGUAUCAAAUAUGUAUUGUCUUUUUGUUCCCUUAUUAGACUACACAGAGAGAACGAGCAGCUAUGUUAGUAAAAAUAAUUCUUGCCAAAGAUAAUUAUGCUUACGUAUCCUUCUAUAAUGCACUGCUUCAUGAGGGAUACAAAGAUCUUGCUGCCCUUCUCCAGGAUGGCAUCCCUAUUCUUUCCCCUUAUAAUGGAAAGAAUUCUAUGGAUGGAGUAACUUCAUAUGGUCAGUAUGACAAACUAUUCUUCAUUGCAUGACAAUAUUCUGUACUCUGCUUUUUAUUGAAAAAAGUAUUUCAGGAUAUAUUUAAUUUCUAUGGUCCCUUCAUUUCCAAGUGAUUUAAUCUACAAUAUACAAAUCCACUAAAGUAAGUCAACAAUAGGGUUGCAUUAGUUUUUGUGGCUUGUGUGUAGGAGUUUAAUUUUCAUACUAUUACUAUUACACAUUGGGACUAAGGUUAAAUUGACUUUCCCUUCCAGGAUUGUCUCCAUACCAAACAGCUGAGGAAUGCAAUUUGUGCUUCUUUUCAAGGGCUGGCUGCUACACCUACAACCUAGGUGAUUUGAAGCCAAAUUUCUUUUAGUUGGCAUCUAAACAGAAAAAUUAUCAUGAGUGAUGAUGCUAUUCUGUGUAUUAGGAGUGGUGGUGUAGUAUUUCUAUUUAAUACUUUAAAACUCUGCAAGUUAUAUUGUCUACAUUCUUUCUAAUUUUUUGUAUCUUCUGUUUUUGAAUUUAAGUUAAGACAAUUCUCUGUGAAGGCGGUGUUCCACAGCGACCAGUAGUGUUCGUCACUCGUCCAGAACUAGCAAACAGAAUUCAACAGAAAUUGUAUAAAUUAAAAAAUGAUCCAGGAUGGGUUAUUGUUUAUGGCAUGGCAGGCUGUGGAAAGACUGUUUUGGUGGCAGAAGCAUUACGUGACCACAGUCUUUUGAAAGGUAUUUCUAGCUGCUUUGUAUCAAUAAGAUAUGUUCUGCUUCUUAGAGGUUAUUGCAAAGGAUAGUUUACCUCCAGACAAGAGGUGAUAUGUGGUGAAAAUAGCUUGCCUGAACCAUGUAUUUUUUAAUUUUUUAUUUGUGAAUACUAGAAAAUCACAUGAGGAGUAGUGCGGUUUGACUCACAGAAGCAAAUACUGUAGUUAUGAAAUAAGCUAUGACUUGCAGUAAACUGAAAAUGUAUUUUGGAUCUCAUGAAGAUGGCUAUGUUGCUGCAACCAUAUUAACUAAUUACAUUAUUUUUGUAACACAAUUGGUACACUAACCUUUCAUGUAAUACUGCUAUCACUGUAAAAGUGAAGGGUAUUAUAUUCAACAGCUAUAGCAGCAAAAGAGCAUAUCUGGUGUGAGUAACAGUAUUUUGAGCUUUGAGAACUGAGCCCUAUAUGCCCUCUUUGAAUGAUGCAAUAUAUGUGUCCUAUACCUAUUUGUGCUGAAUGUAAACAUCCUGUUCUCAUUUGUUUCUCUUAAUACAGCUUGAUUUUAUUUAUUAUUUUAGGCAUUUUACACUGUUUGGCAGCCAAAAGAUUCCCAGAGCAGUUUACAUAAUAUCAAUAGCAAACAAGACAGUCUUUGACCUCAGGCUUACAAUCUAGAAAAUAUGUCACAAAAGUAAAUUGCAUGGCAGGGGAGAGGAAAACAAGCCAACAUAGGCACAAGUUCUUAAAUAUAAACAUUUAGAAUUUUUUUCAGUUAACUUUGUUGCUUUUUAAAAUAAAUAAACAGAUUUGUUUAUGUUUAGGCAUACAUGUAACUAUAUCUAUAUAUAUUAUAAUUUCAACUUUGCAUCUUUUUGCUAGAUUGUUUCCCAGGAGGAGUACAUUGGGUUUCUGUUGGGAAACAAGACAAAGCAGGUCUGUUAAUGAAACUCCAGAAUCUCUGUCUAAGAUUAGACCAGGACUUCACUUACUCUCAGAGGCCACCACUUAAUAUAGAGGAAGCUAAAGAUCGCCUUCGUUUGCUAUUUUUGCGCAAAUACCCAAGGUACUGUCAAUAGUGUAAAGAAAUAUCUGAAUAUUUCAAGUCAGCUACUAGAAUUGUGUUGUCUUUGUUUCAUGUAUGUACUCAAUGGCUUAAUCAAGACUUUUCCAAGGACUUGGCUAGACUGGUAAAGAAAAGGAGAUUUUUAUGCGUUGUAUGUGCGAUAUAACAUGGUUUUUUUCUACGUGUUUUCCCUGUUUAAAUUUACAAUGCUUUAAAUUGAACCGCUUCGUCGAUGUAUCUAGAUCCAGCCCAAGUCAUAAUUAGCAAUGCUCUGUCUUCUAGCAUGUGAAUUUAAAGUUCCUUACCAUUGGUGAAUUUUUUGCACGUUUACUUGCUUGAAAAGAAUUCUAGAUUGCAUGCUUGGUUCAUCUAGAGCGGGACGAUCCAGCCUUUCAGACCAAGUGGGCUGCAAGAGUACUUCUAUACAGAACCUGCAGGACACACACUGAAUUCAAUUUCCAGGUCAUAAAUUGAAGUGUUCACAAUAUAGUUAAUAUUAUUUAGUAUACACAAUUAACAUAUUUAAUUGAAAAUAGAAGAGAAUGGUUGUUAGCGCUAACAACGCUCCUUUAGUACUUAGCAAGGGCUGCCGAAAAAAGGCUGCCCUGCAGGCUUCAUGUUAAACCACUCUGACCUAAAGCAUGAGCCAGAUUUGUUAGUUGUCGUUAACAGAACUCCUUACUCCCAUUUGAUUCUAGUUGUAAUGAGCAAUAUGUUGAACAUAUGUCCGAAAGACUUACUGAAUUGAUUCAGUAUAACUAGUUCUAGACUAUGGCUUCUCCACAGUCACCAGCUAUCUCUGGCUGAUCUCAACUCAUCCAGAUUCAGAAUUUAGCAGUAUUUAGCUUUUUCUAUUGUGCUUCUUGUAACAUACCUAGCUGUUUUUGGAAAACAACUAUCUUUUAACAAAUAUGUUCAAAUGAGGGUAACACUGAAUACAAUAUUAGCAUGUCCUUUAACUCUGCAAAUGUUUAAUAAAUGUAAAAUACAUAGAAAAUGCUGUUCAUUAAGUAUAGAACUGCUAUGGUUUAGUCCAGUCAAGCUCUUGAGAGUUGUCCCGGACAAUAAUUCAUUCUUCUGGGCAAUUUUAGUUGUCGUGGAUAUAAAGCACAUGAGACUCAAUUUUUUGUUUAGAAUAAAUAUUUAAAAGGGAGCACUUUUGAAAAAUGAAGUGAAAUGAAAAGUCUAUUGGUUCUUAACAUAUUGAGGAAUCUUCAAAGCAGGUGUACAGUGCCUCCAAGCUUGACGUGUGUUUUUUCUAAUAGGUCUCUCUUGGUGCUUGAUGACAUUUGGGAUUCCUGGGUAUUAAAAUCCUUUGACAGUCAUUGCCAGGUUCUUAUCACCAGUAGAGAUAGGAGUGUAACAGAUUCUGUAGCUGGUAAGGAUUGCGUCUUCUUCCUCCUUUUAAGUAUUUAAGGUUACUCAUGUACAGUGUGGUUUUUUUAAUUCCCUCCCUCCCUCUCUCUUUCCUUUUCCUUCUCCUCCUGCGAUGAGGCUACAUUUUAAUAUUUUAAUGUUCCAUUAUUUUAAUGUUGUAUUUUAUUUUUGUUUUUAAGUUGUAAUCAUUCAUCUUGUUUUUAUUAUUGCUUGUAAGCCGCUCUGAGCCCGGCCUUGGCUGGGAAGGGCGGGGUAUAAAUAAAAAAAUAUUAUUAUUAUUAUUAUUAUUAUUAUUAUUAUUAUUAAGUGCAACAAUAAUGUAAGCAUUGUACAGAGGAGAAAAACUGCACUGUCCUUGAAAAAUAGCUCAUAAUCUCUGUUAUGUAGCCAGGAAGACAGAGAUGUAGAAAGGCAGGAUUUGAGCUUUUAUUAAUUUAGCUUCUUAGUGAAUUUCACAGAAUGACCCAGUAUCAGUGAGAAACACUGAAGAGCAUACAAAAUUUGAGAAAACUGUAAAUAGUUGAUUCAGACAACUGUAUUAGGGAAGAGAUAGACAACAAUAGAGGAAAUUAAAUAAUAAUACCUUAGAUGGUACAGCAUGUGACUCUUAAUCUCACAUUGGGCAAAAGAUUCUUGCAUUGCACAGGGUUGGACUAGAUGAUCCUUGUGGUCCCUUGCAACUCUACAGUUCUAUGGAAUAUACCAUGCAUAUAUACCAUGAACAACAACAAUUAAAUAAUUAAAAUAAAUAAAUACAGCACAUUUAAGCAAGCCCCGUUAAAAUUCCCAUGUUGUAACUUAAAUCCUAAUUACAGUGUAAAUUCAUAGGUAGCUUGUAUUAAAUUAAAUAUUUCCUUUUUUAUUUGAAUCUUAACUCUAAACACAGGCAAGAAAUAUGAAGUUCCUGUGGAAAGUGGACUAACACAUGAAAAAUCACUUGAAAUAUUAUCUCGGUUUGUUAAUAUAGAAAUAACAGAACUACCAGAAAAAGCUGAUUGUAUUGUAAAAGAAUGCAAAGGUAAGAAUGCUCCUUUUCUCUGCAUUUUGAAACCAUUUUUAACUUUAAUCUUAUAUCUGUUGUUUACUAGACUGUGACCUCAUUCACAUGUCAUGAUAAACCAUAUUUAAUGAUUUACUGUAAAUGCAGCAUUUGUACCUCCUUUGCAAAAAUGUAGGAGAAAGAAAUCCCUUGCUGUUUUCAAACUGAGCAUUGUGGGGGUUUUUUCACUUUGAAUAAUCUACAAACUGUAUGUAAGGUUUGCUCUUGACUGACAGAUCAUGCAUUGCUUCAGAGAAAACAAAGCAAAACCCACAGUUUGAACAUAAUGCUAAGCUGAGGUAUCAUGGUUUCUUCUCCCAUGUGCUAGUGCAGAGAAGCAAAGUGGGUGAGAUCAGUACAGUCAUACCUCUUGUUACAUUUGCUUCAGGUUAAAUCUUUUCAGGUUGCAUCCUGCCGUGACCCGGAAGUAACAGAACGGGUUACUUCCGGGUUUUGCCGCUCGUGCAUGCGCAGAUGCUCAAAAUGACGUCAUGUGCAUUCGCAGAAGCGGCAAAUCGUGACCCGCAAAUGCAAGUUGCGUUCUGUUCAGGUUGCAAACAGGGCUCUGGAAUCGAUCCCGUUCGCAACCAGAGGUACCACUAUAUGUGCAUAGUAAACAAUUAGCUACGGUUAACUUUGAUGUCUAAGCUAGACCAGUGAGCAACUCAAUGUAAAAAAUACAUUUCCUUCACAGCAUUCUCUUUGCAAUUUGCUAUUCUUUUAUCAAAAGUUUAAUUUUCAUUUAGUAAUUUCAUCCAUUCCUGUUUUUCAGGUUCUCCUCUUGUGGUAUCUUUGAUAGGAGCAUUAUUAAGAGAUUUCCCCAAUCGCUGGGAAUACUACCUUAAACAACUUCAAAAUAAGCAAUUUAAAAGAAUAAGGAAAUCAUCAUCUUAUGAUUAUGAAGCACUUGAUGAAGCCAUGUCCAUAAGUGUUGAAAUGUUGCCAAAAGAUUUCAAAGACUAUUACAGAGAUCUUUCUGUCCUUCAAAAGGAUGUUAAAGUGCCUUCAAAGGUAAAACCCAUUUUAAAGAAACACUGGUGGUGGUUAUGGAGAUUGUGACUUUUAAAUCAUAAAAACAAAUUGUGACCAUGACAUCUUGCAGAAAACUGAUGUUGUAAUGAGUGUGACAUUAGAACUGACCCAUCCUUGAGCAUAAUUUCUCCCCUUUUCUCUCAAUGCCAUGGUAAAGGUAAAAGGACCCCUGACCAUUAGGUCCAGUGGUGGCCGACUCUGGAGUUGCGGUGCUCAUCUCGCUUUAUUGACCGAGGGAGCCGGCGUACAGCUUCCGGGUCAUGUGGCCAGCAUGACUAAGCUGCUUCUGGCGAACCAGAGCAAUAUGUAAUGUUUGGUCUUGUUCCCUUCCUCACUAGCCAAAGAAGACUCAGAGGUCAGAUUGUUUCAGAAGUGCUUGCCUGUUUGCUCACAGGGUGGUGGGCAUUAUGCAGCUGCUAGGGGUAUCAACUGUUGGAACAGUUCUUAAAAUUGCUUCUGCAUUGAUAUAGAGUGGAGCACUAGUUAAACAUUAGGAUAAAGAUGUCAAAAGUAGUACAUAUAUUUUCUUAAUAAUACCAAAUAUUAUAAUUAAAUAUUAGUACUUAGUAGCUGAAAAACAUGGAAAAAGCAGUUGGAAAAAUAGUUCACAGAUUCUUAUAAAAAUUAUAUCUAUAUUUGUACAAUUUUGUUUCUAUGUAGUGGGAACAAUGCAUACUAAUUUUAAAUCUAAUUGAGAGAGUUAAGGCAGAGGGCCUUCUCGGUAGUGGCGCCCACCCUGUGGAACACCCUUCCAUCAGAUUUAAGGAGAUGAGUACCGUAUUUUUCGCUCUAUAGGACGCACUUUUUCCCCUCCAAAAAUGAAGGGGAAAUGUGUGUGCGUCCUAUGGAGCGAAUGCAGGCUUUCGCUGAAGCCUGGAGAGCGAAAGGGGUCGGUGCACAGGAACUCGGGUUGUGCUCCAAAGGCUUCGGGUUCCUUUUGCUGAAGCCGGGAGAGCUGCAUCUUGAAGCGCGACUGGCGGGGUCUGCGCAGCUUGCCCCGAAGCAGCUUGGCCGGCUGGGUGGGCUGAGGGAACUCCUCGGCUAUGCAGACGAAGUGCGGCAUCACCGCCUGGUAGCUCGAGCAGAUGCCCAGCAGCUCCGCGGGCUUGGCGGCGGCGGCAGCCAUCAAGAGGGGGAAAGAGAAAAGCAGCAAAAAAGGGAAAGCCGAGAAAAAGCGCGCGCAUCAGAAAACCAACGCCCCAAAGAGCGCCUCGCGCUUGGGUCUUGCUUUGUGCUGCUGCUUAUUCUUCGCUGCCUUGAGGUGUUUCUGUCUAAUGCGAGGGAGACCCGGGCGAAAAAGGGGAAAUGUGUGUGCGGAAAGCCACCGGAGGUGGGGCGAGAGGGUGGCUUCUGCCGCUUCGUAGCCGAGAAAGCGCGCUGGGGAGGGAGGGCUGGUGGCGGCGACUGGCAGAAAGAAGCACGCGCUCCCCUGGUGUCCCCGCGCCAUGCUCUCUCUCUCGCCUGCCGACACAGGAGCAUGCUCAGAUGACAAGCAAUGCCAUUUAAAGGCGGUGAGGCCGCUUCCCUUCCGCCUGACAACGACGUAAAUGCUCGCUCCCACCGCCCCUCUCCCUCACCGCCGUGGGGGGAAUUGCUCUUCCAAGGAAAGCCCUGCCAGCACCCACCUCAGAAACGGCCAGGGGAGGGAGCGAAGGAACCCGGAAGGCGAGGCGGAGGUGGGGAGACGAGGAACACGCCAAAACACGUCACCCCUGCCUGCUGGGGGAGGGGGGUUCCUGGAGAAGAAGCGCCCCCUUUUUUUGCAGGGGGAGGCGGCGAAGGCAGCCGGGAAAGGAGACGCGAAAUAGGCACGAUGGGAUCUCCCGACUUUCUUUCUUUUUUUAAAACUUUGAAGCAGCCACAGGGGAAGCAUAGAAUCAUAGAUGUCCGACUUUGAUCAUAGAAUUGUAAAGUUAAAAGGGGUCCCAAGGGUCAUCUAGUCCAACCCACCGCAGUGCUAGGGGAUUUUAUUAGCAGCGUUUACGGGGGGGGGGCAGGGUUUAAGCGCGUGAGUGUGGAUUUAAAUCCCGCUUCCCACAUGGUCUGUUUCCUUCCUCUUUGCAGCCCCAAAUCCUGGCUGCUGUUACCCCACCUGCACUGGGGACAGUUUUCACAAACAAACACGACUUAAGACCCCCUAACCCUAGCCUUGUGCUGCAAAUCAAUUUUCUUGAUUUCCCCCCCUAAAAACUAGGUGCGCCCUAUGGUGCGAAAAAUACGGUAAUUAUAUAACAUUUAGGAAACAUCUGAAGGCAGGCCUGUAUAGGGAAGCUUUUUAAGGUUUAGUGUUCUACUAUGUUUUUAUAUAUGCUGGGACCCAGGCAUCCCAGUCAGAUGGGCAUGAUAUAAAUAAUAAAAUUAGUACAGUGGUACCUCAGGUUACAGAUGCUUCAGGUUACAGACUCCGCUAACUCAGAAAUAGUACCUGGUGUUAAGAACUUUGCUUCAGGAUGAGAACAGAAAUCAUGCGGGAGGCCCCAUUAGCUUAAGUGGUGCUUCAGGUUAAGAACAGUUUCAGGUUAAGAACGGACCUCCAGAACGAAUUAAGUUCUUAACCCGAGGUACCACUGUAGUAGAAGUACGUGCUUAAGGCUUCUACUGAUAUUAGCAAGAUCCAUGACCCUCAGAAGAAACUUAAUUAGGGGCCUUCACUAGGGAGGAGGUGUGGGGAAUUAUCCUUUGCGAAAACAUUUUUGCCUGAGUGCUGCAUUGAAUGCCAUCUGAAGGACGCUUUCUGAGCCUCGCACUGGUGUUUCUACCUGACUUGGAAUUGACCUUAGAACUGUGAUGAUGCCUUUUGUUUGCCUGAUGGAGGAUUGGGGCAGGGCGGGGGGAGAGAGAAAGAAACCUUAUUUUUCAUGCUUGGAAUGUAGUCUAGUGUACAAAGGUAAGACUCUUACCAGUUGCUCUACCAAUUUCUGCCUCUGGUCCCAUCUACCACUGACAUACAGCCUCCAGAGGUUUGCUUAUGAUGGAAUGUGCUCCCCUUGCUAAAAAUGGCUCUUCCUAUUGAUACGUAGGAAAACUUUAUGGAUUUCAUUGGUUUUCUUUGGUUGCAUAGAAAUUUGAUUAAUUUGCAUAUUUUAAAUUCUGAAUUAGAUUAUCAUCAAAAGUAUUUGCUACUUGACCAAUUAUUUGUUUCAAAAUGCACUUCAGGUAUUCUGUAUUCUUUGGGAUAUGGAGACAGAGGAAGCUGAAGACAUACUGCAAGAAUUUGUUAACAAAUCUCUCCUGUUCUGUGAUCGGAAUGGAAAAUCAUUCCAGUAUUACUUGCAUGAUCUCCAGCUUGACUUUCUAACAGAGAAGAAUCGCUCUCAGCUUCAAGUAUGCUUCUGAAUUUCUAAUGGUGACUUAUAUAAGAAUUAGACAUAGCUUAAAAAUGUACUUACGCAGUGUUCAAAAUCUUCUUAUUUAAAUUGCUAGUUGUACAGUUAGAUAUCCAUUAGUACUAAUUUCUUAAUUGAAUAAUAAUUCAACUUAUAAAGCUAUUUUGAUACAGCACAAUGUAAAAUGCUUAGUUAGAUUAAUAGUGGCACUAUAUGACAUUGGCAGGUUUAUUGUAUGACACAAUAAUUUGUAUGCUUCCCAUUCCUUAGCAGAGCAAAGUCCAAGAGGAGGGAGUAUCUUGGGGAAUCACUUAUAUUUGCUAAUAAUCAAACAGAAGUAUCUAAAAAUUAAAUUCUUCUGAAUUUCCUCAAGUGUUUGAAAUGAAAAAAAGUGUUUUAUUUGCUUUUUAUGGUUAUUAAAAUGGGCUUCCUUAUACAGGAAAGUACUGUGCCAUCUGUGGACCAUAAUUUUAGCUUGUUUUGUGAAAGCACUUAAUAUUUCAGAAAUAUUGGGAAAUGAUACUAAAAUGGGUGGGGGAAGAUGGAUUUUAAAAGCUCAGUCUAGUGGCUUUAUAUGCUUGGGGGAAAACUUUGUGGAUCCUUUGUUGAUUUCAAUGUUGGGACAGGUCUUUCUGCUUAUUCAUCCCUUAUUACACAAGCUGCUUCUCACAUUGUAGUCAUUUGAGAAACUAGGUUACCUAGAAGCUUGGAGUAUGCAGUCGUAUUGGAUUGAAGCCUUUGGCUGCAAUUCAGCAGCAGGGUGGGUAUGCUUUGUUGUGCCAUCAUGGUGUAUCAACCCCCUCUCUGGCAGCUGCUAUUGAAAUAACAAAAACCACAUAUGUCCAGUGCAUUCAUUUAACGUAUCAACUAGGUUGGCCCUUUGACAGCCAUGUGCAGGAAGGAUGGGUGAGUGGCUUGUCAGUUCUGCUGAGUAAUCAACUGUAGUAAAAAAAAAAAAAAACCCUUCUAAAAUGUGGUUGGCUGUUUGCCCUCUUGCCCUCUGUCCAAUUCUAUGGCUGUCUAGGAUUGCGGUUUUUCUGCAUUGCAGAGGGUUGGACUAGAUGACCAGCAGAGUCCCUUCCAACUCUACAAUUCUAAUUCUUUAAUUUGAUUUUGACAUUGGAUAUAUUGCUACAAAACUGAAGGGGGAGAUGGAAGUGUAUCAGCUUGCUCAACCUACGCAGCUAAUGGACACACUGAGCCCAGAGCACCCUUCAGGUUCAGAUCCUCCUGUCUCCAAUUCUUCGCUGUAGGAAGGUUGGAGCUGCAGUGGCUUGCUCUUCCUCUGCCCAGUGCACGCUUGGAGUACCAUUUGGGCAAGGAGGGAAACCCAAACAUUUUCCUUCUCAGAUCUGAGCUUAAGGUGGAAAGAGGCAGCAUAUCAGCAUGCUUAUAGCUCCAACUUCAGUGUCUUCUUGUACAUUGACCAGAUCCUGGCUCCCCUCUCAUCAUGGUGAGCGGGGCAAGUGAAAUUAUCAACCCUGUGUAUACUUGUAGCAGUAGGACAGCUUCAGUUAUUUUAAUUCAAUAAAAUGACUACAUAAAGGAUAAGUUCAGCCCAAGAUUAACAAUUGCAUUGUGUUUUUUAGGCACUACAUAAAAAAGUAGUUGAUCAAUACAAGAAAUGUUAUAAACAGUAUAUACCAUCACAAGAAGACUGCAUGUACUGGUAUAAUUUUCUGGCUUACCACAUGGCAAGUGCCAAUAUGCACAAUGUAAGUCUGCACUUAUAUCAAUCUUCUGCAUAUAAGGGAAGUGUGGUUGUUCAUUAUUAUUUAGUUGCUUCUUUCAAAAACUGAACUCAAAGCAACUCCCAAAACAAAGGUUAAAAUAGAUAUAAAACAAUGAUAAAAAUUACCUAAAAUACAAUAAUAUACAUAAAACAACAUAAGGUAUUUUUAAAUUCUCAAUUCUUUUUUUCUCAUUGAACACUGAAAAAGCUUAAUUUAAUGAAAAAGGAUAUAUAACUGCAAAUUGUUUCAGUAACAGUAAGUCAAACUAUUGCUAUGCAUGAAUAAGCAAGUUUGCAGGUGCUCAGAGGAAAACUGUAUUUGCUUUGCUCCUCCUUGCAAUGUUUUUGGCUUUGUGUUAUGUCUCCACUAGACAAACCGUGGCUUAGUCUGGGUUACACAGCAGCAGUAGGACUGGGAGACGAGCAAAGCAGUCACAUUAUUCCUCUUCAGUACCCUCACCACUGCUUGUUUACACUUAGACAUGGUUUUGCUUAGUGGUCUGGUUUGCAUUCCUUAAAGAAUGCACUCCUUAAAGAAAAUGCCAGCAGAAACACAACACAGGUGUUCGAAGAUCUUACCAUAAUUACAUGGUGAAUUGAAUGGUAACAAUUCAUCUAGUUUUGUGAAAAUUGGAAAAAGCAUGCCAAGGAAAAUACUCAUUUUAAGAUGCAUAAGAGAUUGAUUUGAAAAAGCAUUAGCUAAUCUGUUAAAUAAUGAAAGAAUGUGCAACAGUGUAUGGUUGUUAAUGUUUCCAAAGUGUUAUCACUUUAUAAAUGAAUUUUGGAACAUUAUAAUAGAAAGGAAGUUUAUUCUUCUGAAAAUGCAAAGCUAAGUAACAGUUUGAAAUAGCACUAAGUGUAGUUUACAAAUAGGACUAUUUACUUACAGAAAUUUUCUUAUUCUAGGAACUCUGUGCUCUCAUGUUUUCACUAGACUGGAUUAAAACCAAAACAGAAUUGGUAGGACCUGCUCAUUUAAUUCAUGAAUAUGCUGAAUACAGUCAAAUAUUGGAUGAAAAGGUAUACUGUGAGAAAUUAGCAACUAUACUUUGCAUGACUUGCACUUCUUAUUUCACUUAAAGAUAAGUUUGUUGUGAUAAUGCAUCCAAGUUUUGGCAUAGUUGAUAAUUCUGCCUUGUGUGGAACAGGUGACAUUUUAAAGACUUUAGAGAUAGUAUAUCUGCAUUUCUGAAAAGAAACAGAUUCUGAUUAUAUUAAUAAGUGAGGUAACAGAAAGAGUUUGGAGGAUCUGAUGCGUACCAUUUAUAUUGUCAAGCGUCUAACAUCCCAGUUUAAACUUUUGUCCCGUUUACCCUUCUGAUCAGUUAGCUCCACUAGACUCCCACUAAUCUAGUUUUGUUUAACAGAAUUUGUGUGAUUUGCUUCAUUCCUGAACAUAAGGUAUUUAAAUGCUUCAAGGCAUCUCGCUAGAAGCUGAUCACAAUUUAGAUUAUUGUUUUAUGCAGUUGACAUGGUGCUUUGCAAAUUUUUACGAACUAUAUAUAUAUAUAUAUAUAUAUUUAUGAGAGAAGCUUGCAAUCAGAAUUUCAGCAAUGUUGGAAAACAGAACUAGGAGUGAGGAAAGAGGCAAAGGUAAGAGUCAGAAAAUGUUUGAGGGGCCUCAUCUAGUCUAGCUUCCUCCUUAUUACAGGAUGAUGCUUGCUACUUCCAGCAGCCUCUCUUUAUAUACUGUCCAGGUUCACUUUUCUUUAUGAUAAGAUAUAUAUUGUUCACAGGAUGCCAUUGCACGUGAAAACUUCCAGGAAUUUCUAUCCUUAAAUGGGCACCUCCUUGGGCGGCAACCAUUUCCAGACAUUGUACAGCUGGGUCUAUGUCAACCAGAAAGUUCAGAAGUCUAUCGGCAAGCAAAGCUAAAAGCUCAGCAAGAAGUUGAGAAAGGAUCGUUUUAUGUGGAAUGGAUGUAAGCAGAUGCAUUUUUACCUAUGAAUAAUAUUCUGUCCAAAUCAACCCCCCAAAAUAUAAAUGUCUAUACAGUUUUUACCCCAGUGCUGUACAGAAGUUUUUGUGCAUGCAUGAUUUAUAAAAGUUGAGCAGAAACCAGCAGUGUUUGCCUUUUGAUGUGCAAAAGGUCUCAGUUCAAUCCCUGUUAUCUCCAGGUAGGGCUGGGAAAGACCUCUGUUUGAAACUCCUAGGGAACCACUGCCUGUUAAUGUAUACUUAGCUAGAUGCACCAAGGAUUUAACUGAGUACAAGGCAGCUUACAAUACUCUUGUGUGUGGCGAUUAAACAUGCAUCUUUUUGUACUGCUUCAGCUGGGCUCUUAGUUAAAAUGCAAACAAAUAUAAUUCAAAUACAGUGUCCUGUUGUGAACUUGAAGAGCAGCUAGAUGAUGAUGAUGUGGAAGGAAAUUAAAGUUAUGUUGGAAAUUGAUGAAAUUUGCAAGGCAGUUUUGAAAUAAUAACCUGUUGGUGAAGAAACAAUAUGUGUUAAAAGAACGAUAAAUAUUUCAGUGAGUGACUGUUCUUCCAAAAACAAAAUUUGGUAAUAUAUAUUGUUUCCUGAAAUAUGUUUUAAAUUUGUCCCCAGAAAUUUACAAACUAAAAUAUUGUGUGUUUUUUAUAAUAUAGAAAUAAAAAAUCCAUGAAGAACAUGUACCGUUUGGUUGUGCGUCCACAUACAGACGCUGUUUACCAUGCUUGCUUUUCCCAGGAUAGACAAAGAAUAGCUUCAUGUGGAGCUGAUAAAAUGCUGCAGGUAAGAUAUAUACAGGUAUAUUUUUAGCUGGUUUGCUUAAAAUGAACCACAAUUAACAUUAGCCAUGAUUUUUUGGUUUGGAUGACACAGCAAGCUAUUGUUAAGCUAAAACAGAAGUGAAAGCUUCUGAACUCUAUCCUGAGCAUGUAAGCUCUAGUUUAAUUGCUGCUAUUUUGUGCCAUGCUAAAUUAGCAGUAGCUAACCUGUGGCCUUCCAGAAGCUGCUGGACUACAACUCCUAUAAUUCUUGGCCAUUGACAAUACUGGCAAAGCCUGAUAGGAAUUGUAAUUCAACGACAUCUGGAGAGCUGCAGGUUAGCCUCCCCUAACCUGAACUAAACUAUGGUUCAGCGUGACAUGCAAACACAGCCAGGGUAUACUACACACAGGCUUUGCUGGGAAUCAUAUGUUCUCCCCUCUCCUUCCACCUGGCUGGGAGAAGGACGUAGCCUGCUUCACUUUUUAAGCUAUAGCUAUUUGCUUCCUCCAGUAGCCACAUAUUCCACCCUAGUUUGAGGAGCUUUCGUACACUCCAUGUUGAUGAAGUCCUCCAGCAAUAUGAGAAAGAACUGUUGGUUCCUAUCUGAAUGGUAGUUCUGUAUUGAUUGACAAAGCUCCUCAGGCCCUCACCUCUAGCUUCUUGGCUGCUUUCCAAUUACUUAAAUUUACUCUAGGUAUGUACAUAAUUGUUUUUUGUUAGGGAAAUUGAUAUCUUUUUCUCUUCUUUGUCUUUCUGGGUCUUGUUGAAACAACCAGUUCGAGCCUGGCAAGGAUGCAAACUGGAUUCAGGGAGCUGCCUGCUUCCCUCUAGUUUUCUUUCCUGCCUCUGACCACAGGGUGGCACUGUUACCCAUGCCAAUGAGUUUUUCCAGCCACACAAUACAACCAUUUUUGAAAAAAGGAGAAAUUUCUAUGGCAUAUAUUGGUGCACAUUUAAUAUUGCUGGUCAUCUUUUCUCUUCCUUCCACCCUUUUCCUUUUAAACUAAUAAAAGUUCAGUUAUGCGGACAGCGCAGCUGGUAAAAGAAUAACACAACAGUCUUAAUAUCUAUGUUUAAAAUAAACUUAAUGUAUGAUUUCAUAAGUAUCUGUGAUGUUGCAUUUGUAGGUGUUUAAAGCUGGAAGUGGAGAAAAACUUUUGGAAGUGAAAGCUCAUGACGACGAAGUGCUGUGUUGCACUUUUUCAGCAGAUGACAGAUUUGUUGCCACUUGUUCAGCAGAUAGAAAAGUAAAAGUAAGCAAAUGAUGACAUAUCAGUUAUCCUCCUUUGAACCUAUACAGCUAUUUACAUUUCUGGCUGUAGGUAACUGAGAAAUUCAUACAUUUUAAAUAACUUGGAUAGGUUAGAUCAAACUUCUUUUACAAAAAUUUCUUCCAUGAAUGAAAUGCUAAGUUUGAAAUUAGCCCAGUAUUUUUAUUGUAUCUUCUAUAUAUAUAUAAACUUCUAUAUUAUUAGUAUUUAUUAUAUUUAUCUAUUGCCCUUCAUCUGAUCUUAUGGCGGUUCACAAAAUAAAAAUACAGAAUAAAAGCACAAAAUAGUUAAAACAAAAACAAAACAAUAACCCCACUCCCACAAACACAUUUAAAAGGGCACAGAAUAUUAAUCAGCCAAAGGCUUGGUUGAAGAAGAACUUUUUCACCUGGAGCCUGGGGACAGCAUUCCACAAACAGGGAGACACUGCAGAAAACAGAACUAUAGGUCCUUCUGUCUUUCCAAAAGGGAAGCAUUAGAUGAGGCAGGAGGAACCUGUGGCCCGCCCGAUGCUUUUGGACUCCCAACUUUCAUGAGCUACAGACAGCAUGACUAAUAGUAAGAGAUAAUGGAAGAUCACAAGUGAGACUGGCUUCCAAGUAAGUGUUCUUAGGAUUAGAACUUUAGUUGCUGCUCUUUGAAUCUGUUCUAGCGUGAAUGGAUCCUUUUGAAAGAUGGAUAAGUAAAGCCAUGUCUAGCAUUUUAGAAGAGACCUCAUCAGGAACUUAUGGAAAGAUAUCAGUGCUUAAAGUAUUUAAAUUUAUUUUAACUUUUCCUUCAGGCAUAUUUACAAGACAAAUCUUUAAACAAAUAGUAUACACUAGUGCUCCAAAUUUUUAAAAUCGCAUUGACACUUCCCUGUCUCUACUAGACAUGUUUUGCUUGAGCGUCAGCUUAGACAUGAUGGCGACAGAUGUAUACUUUUAGAGUACAGGUUGGCAUUUUCAUGUCGAAAGAUAGCAUACAAGAUGGCUUUUCUCCCCAAACUCUCUAUUGCUUUGUUCUGGUGAUUUCUCAGACUAGAAGUCCUUCCUUCUCUGAGAGAAAAGAAAGUAUGAGGAGGUGAUGGGGCGUGAGGGUGUUCUAUUCCCAGCCAUCACAUUUCUCUGUGUUAAAUCAGCAUGAUGUGUUCCAACAAGUCAUGCUGCUGUCACAUCUAGUUACACUAAUAUAUGUAGGAACUUAAUUUGCCCUGUUUGUGGCUGCAUUUUGCCCACAGUCAGUUUGUGAUCAACAAAUAUAAUAAGAUAUUGCUCCCCCUUUGUAGUUUAUUUUAUGCUGGCAUUUACUACAUUUUUAUACUCCUUUUUCCCCCUCUAAGAAAGUUUAGUUGGGCUACAUGGUCCUUCUUCCACCCAUUCCCAUCUUAUUCUUACCACAGUCCCAUGAGGAUAGCUUAGGUGGUGAGAUAUGACUGGAUCAAGGGUAACCCACUGAGCUUCAUGACUGAUUGAAGCCAGGAUUUGAAUCAAGAUCUCCCCUGUCUAAAUCCAUCGCUGUUAUUUCUCACACCUAGAAAAUAACAAAAUUGCUUUGUUUUUACGCUUAGUGCUUUGGAUUUUCAUUCUAUUUGUAUUUCAGUGUAUUAUUUAUAUUUAUAAUGCCUUCUAGGUUCUCCGCAAAUUCCAUCUGUACAAUUCCUGUACAUCUCCUUCAGGAAGGGGCAGACUUUAGGGUGGGAGGGAGAGACAUUCAUUGCAGACUGUGCUGUUGAAUAGAAAGGAAAUGAGCCUGUUUGAAAGCUAGGCAGGAAAAGGCUUCACUCAGGUCUACCUUGAAUGACCCACCCCCAAGCCAUCCCAUGAUUGGGCCGUUUAAAUUAAAAUGUGGUCUGUGAUUGGCCAAGCCAAUUUGAAUUUCAUGAACUUUCCCUGCAUCCCACAAAGCCAAUGAGGGAGAUAUUUUAGUUGUGCAAGAGCAAAAGGAUCCCCCCCCCACCGCCAAUGCCCACAGCCACGCCGGGCUACAAGCUCUGCUGCCUGUCAAACCAGUAAGCAGGUUCUGCAACUCAUUCUGAUUACUCUCUGGUAACUCUUGGUUAUCCAAAUCACAGUAGCAUGCUGAAAACUGUUUUUUCAACUAUUCUCCACUAUCAUUGAAAUGUGGAGAUCUCAGGAAAUGUACUGCAUGCAGAAAAAAUGUUUUAGAAAGCUUUGCCAAGUGUCCAGAUGAGUGUUUGAUUAGAGUGUAUAUAUUUGAAAAAUAUUUCAAAACACUUACUUAAAUUUUUUAUUAUUAUUUAAAUUACUUGUAGGUCUGGAAUUCAAGAACAGGCCAGCUUGUGUGUGUGUUUGAAGAACAUGCAGAGCAGGUCAACUGCUGCCAGUUUAACAAUACAAAUCACCGCCCAUUUCUGUUGGCUACAUGUUCAAAUGACACUUUUGUCAAAGUAAGUAAGUAAAAAAUACAGAAUUCAUAUUUAUAGUUACACUUACUUUACAGUUGUAAUUUGUACACUUUCAUACUCUGUGGUGGUGAGAGUAUCCAUGGAAAUUUACCUCAGAUCUGCAGACUUGGUAUCCUUUACCUUAGCCACUGGAGGCCACUUGGAUUCUGCAUGAUUACUGGCUUUGUUAGAGUAGGAGAAGGAAUUACAGACUUGCUUCCUUAUGUCCAUUACUUUCCUUUUCCAAGUUUCCUGCAGAAGUCACUCAUAGGCUUUCAUUCUUGGACUGCACAUUAAUUACAUAUCCAGUUGCUUCCUGCUUGCCAUGUAUACUUUUGUAAUAAAUUGUUUUCAACCAGGAUAUCUGAAGGAUCUCUUGUAUAUGAGCCUACCUGUUCUCAUUGGUUGUCAGGGGAAGCUACUCCAGGCUGCUCUCCCAUUUGCAGUGGUAAAACACCUGGGAAGAGAACUUAUUAGCAGUGGCACCCAGGCUAUAGAACUCUGCCUGAGGCCACUCAAAUACUUCCUGACUUCAGAUACCAGGUUAAAAGCAGUAUUGGUCAGAUAAUGUGUUUGUUCAAGGCAUUCUCUAAAACAAUGAAGGUAAUAAAAUGAAGUAGUUCGGCUUCUCUAUUUGAUUUGUAUAUACUUUCAUUGAUUUAAUAGUGUCUGUCCUAUAUUACCAUUUGUAAAAUGUUUCACAUAUAUACUUUGCUCCUGGCCUUUAGGGUUCAAUUAGGGAGAUAAGGUUACUUUAUUAAAUACGUGCAUGCAUGCAUAUGCCUAUUGCUGCUUCUGAACAUCUUACUUUCUUGCUGCUUGCUCCAGCAAUCCUUAAUUCAUGUUGGAUGGGCUUUAAGGAACUCCCACACUGCUUCCUAUCUUAUCUGCAAAUCUGUCUCAUAUUUUGAGACUUUAUAUAACUGUCAUUGUUUUUUAUGUACUUAGGGGUUGAGGUGCUGUAUAUAAGGGUAGGCAGACAGAUUUAAGGGAAUGAAAUGCACUAACAGAAUAUGGUCUGUAACUUUACUCUCUGAAACAAAAUACUGUACUCUAAAACUGCAGAACAGUUUGUGGUAAGGAAAUUCGGAAAGUUCAUACUGAAAAUUGCAAGCAGCAUUCUCCCCCCCCCCCCCCCCCCAAAAAAGAAAUUUGUACUAGUGGCUAUUUUGAGGAUAGAAACUGAAUCAACCACUUUUUUAUGCAGAAACUCAAAUGUUUUUUACUCUAUCCCCCCCACAACCCCAAUUCUUAUAUGCAGCUCUGGGAUUUGAACAAGAAACAGUGUCGUAAUACACUGUUUGGUCACAGUAGUUCUGUUACUCACUGCAGAUUUUCACCGGAUGAUAAGUAUGUGGCUAGUUGCUCAGCAGAUGGAACUUUAAAGGUAUGCUUUGGAAACUUUGACUUCUAGUACUUAAAGCCAGAUUCAAUAACCUUUUGAUUUUGUAGUCCAGGAAUUAAAUGCUUUUCAAAAGCAGAGAUUGCAAUCCUGCACUGUGCCCAUAAAUUCUUAGCCAUAGUUUCACUCUCUGUUGCACACUUAUAAGAAAACCCAGCUGGAGAGAAACUAAGACAGUUAAGUGCUAAAGCAGGUAUUACUGGUUGAGAUAAACAAGAUUUGUUAUUGAUUUGCAGCUAGAUAAGUUCUACUUGGAGUAGACCCACUGAAAUUAAUGAGCCUAAGUUAGUCAUGUCCAUUAAUUUAUUGAAGUCUACUCUGAAUAUCUCUUGUAGUAUUCCUGUGGGGGAGAGACUUUGUUAUGGUAGGAGCUCUGCAUUACUCUCAUGUAGUCUCAUAUACAUGUGUCACUAUAGCAUUCUUCAUUUUUCAUUCUUGCCUUGUUUAUGUUUCUGAAGCAGAUUACGUUGAAAGAUAAUGAUGGCAUUUUAUAACUAAAAUACAUUUGAAAUUUACAUUGAAAAGGUUAUAAAUAUAGAUGUCCCUGUUAUUCACAAAUACCUUGCACUUGAAAAAAAAUAGUAUUGGGUAUUCUCAAACAAAAAGCAUUUAUGAGCUCUGUUCAUUAUUUGGCAAUAUUUCAGAUAUAAAUCAGCCCAAAUAUAAAAUGUCUGACAUUAAUUUAGUUGCUUGAUUUUAAUAUGCUGCAAUUUUUAAAAAUUUACUUCUAAUUCCACAAGCAGACAGUUGACUUUAAUGUCUAUAGAUCACUGGAGAGAGUAAAUUGUUUUGUUAGCAGCUAUAAUUGGAUAUGAAUAAAUACCUUUGCAAAAUUAAAUUUUACAAAUCACUAGGUAGCAUUAAUGUUGUCUUCUACUCAGAUUCAUUUUUUAAAUGCUUAAUACAGUGUAUUUAUUUUUAAAGCUUUGGUAUGCACAUUCGGCAAAUGAACUGAAAACUAUUGACAUAGGAGACUGCUUUAGAAAUGUGGAUGAGUACCAGGAUGAUGUGGAAGUCUUAGUGAAGUGUUGCUCCUGGUCAUCUAAUGGAACUACAGUGUUGGUGGCAGCGAAAAACAGGCUUUUUGUAAGUACUUAAGUAUGUCAGUAAUGACUUCUUUCCUCUGAGACACCAUCUUGUUUUCCAUUUGUGUUUAUUUUUAAAAUUGAGCAGGAGAGCAAUAGUGAAAGAGAAGAGAACAACAGAAACAUAGGGAACACAUCACUUGUGCUUAGACUUCAUGAUGCAGAGCCUUCAACCAAGUGCUGGUCUCCAACCAGAAGUUAUUUCAGUGCAGUGCAGCAUCCUAUGUUCUGUGCCCACACUUUCUCACGCAUGCACACACUUACUUUUCAAAGGGACUUAUCAAAGGACUUUUCCAAGUUGCCUCUGCUGAGCUGCAGUUUUGUCCCACAAGGAAUGGCUCUUUUGCACUGGUCCUCUUCCCUACUGUAGUUUUGAUGUCCACAAGCGAGUGUAAGUCCUGCCAUCUCACAGGCUCUGAAUUGCAGUUAGGAGAUGAUUUUUGUUAUGUUGGAAAUGGUCAAAUGCAAUUUUUGCCGUACUUCUACUAAAUUGCUCAGAGAACAUAUAUCAUAUAGUAGUAGCGCAUUCACAGACUUCAAAAGGAUCAUUUUAUUUUUGUUAAGUUAUCAGUAAGAAGGCAUGAAUAAAUUGUAUUGAUUUAUAGAAUGUUAAAUUCUCUUUGAGUAGAGUAUAAGUUGGAGUUAGGAAAAUAACUCCAAAAGAUUUUGGUAGUGUUCCACCAAGUUCCAUGAACAUCGGGAGUGGAAUUGUUGUAGGUUAGAGGAUAGGAUUUUAAUGAUUUUUAAAUAUAACACACAUAAAAUUAAAAUUGUAAGCAGUGUUUUGAAGAACAUACACUCAAAUUCCUAAACUGGUUUAGAGAUAAUAUUGAUGUAAUAAUACUUUUUAUUCAAGUUUUCAUCAUUCAGCCUUUUAAUUAUAGUUUACAGAAAUAGUGUUAUUUUUGAGGAUAGUUAUAAAACACUGAAUCUGUUAAACAUUCUAUUGUAUAAUUGGCUAUCAAUUUCCCAUUAUUAUUAUUAUUAUUAAUAAUAAUAAUAAUUUAUUUAUACCCCGCCCAUCUGGCUGGGUUUCCCCAGCCACUCUGGAGAAUGCUAAGAUGUCAGUCUGCAUCUGUAUUGGAAGUACAUUUUUAAUUUUUAUAUAUGGAGGUGUGUUUUUUUAACUUUCUUUUUUAAUUGUAUAUUUUAUUGCUGCAACAGACCCUGGCACCUUAUGGGGAAGGGCAGAUAAAAAAAUUAAUAAAAUAAAAUUGGUCCUCUGGCAGUCAAUAUACUGUUGAAAGAAAUAAGGUAAAGGUAAGGGGACCCCUGACCAUUAGGUCCAGUCGUGACCGACUCUGGGGUUCUGGACAUCACGGGGAUUCGAACCGCCGACCUUCUGAUUGGCAAGUCCUAGGCUCUGUGGUUUAACCCACAGCGCCACCUGCAUCCCGUUGAAAGAAUUAAGUAAUAUGUUUUUGGUGUUUAAACUCUUUUCAGUGAUGUUGUUGUAUAAAGACAUAUUUAUGUAAAAUCAUGUGACAUUUACGAUUGCUGUUUAAUAUGGCUAUUAUGUUUACAGCUUUUUGACGUUAAGACCAGUGAUUUGUUGACAGAGGUUCUUAUAAGCCACCACAGCACUAUUCAGUACUGUGACUUUUGUCCCAACAGCCAGAUGGUUGCAGUUGCUUUAUCACAUUAUUCUGUUGAGGUAAGUCACUAUAUUUAAGAAAAUGUAAGUAAAUCCUUUCCAUUCUUCAUAUUUCCUCUUGCUCUGGUGGUUAGCUUCAGAAUGGGAAGAGGACAUCGCUUAGUGGUAGAUUACAGGUUUUGCAUGCAGAAGAUCCCAGGUUUAAUCCCUGGCACCUCUAGAAAGGGGACGCAGGUGGCACUGUGGGUUAAACCACAGAGCCAAGGACUUGCCGAUCAGAAGGUCGGCGGUUUGAAUCCCCGUGACGGGGUGAGCUGCUGUUGCUCGGUCCCUGCUCCUGACAACCUAGCAGUUCGAAAGCACGUCAAAGUGCAAGUAGAUAAAUAGGUACCACUCCAGAAGGAAUGUAAACAGCGUUUCCGUGUGCUGCUCUGGUUCGCCAGAAGCGGCUUAGUCAUGCUGGCCACAUGACCUGGAAGCUGUACGCCGGGUCCCUCGGCCAAUAAAGCAAGAUGAGCGCCGCAACCCCAGAGUCGGCCACGACUGGACCUAAUGGUCAGGGGUCUCUUUACCUUUACUUGCCUCUAGAAAGACCUGGGAAAAACAGAGCAGCUGCCCAUCAGAAUAAAUGGAAUUGAGUUAGGUGACCCAAAGCAAUAUUAGGAAGCUAUAAUGUUAACCUUUGUGUGGAAUUGGGCUCAUCUGGCCAAUUUGAGCUAAUUCAAAUUGAUCAUCUUUUUGCCAAAAGCUACUGCUGUUCUGCUGUUAAGAAUAUCACUUAAGCACUACUUUCCAUCAAAGAGUUACUUUCAUCAAAACCAAGACACAUGACUGCUGUUAAAUUUUGAUCAAAGAUCUGUAAUAUGCCUCAGUGUCGCCUUCCUAAUCCAUUUCCAGUAGAGCCCUGGGAGUUAUGGCAGUACUCACAGGAAAAACCAUAUGUAUUCUCCGUGUUCUAAAGUCUCACUGUUCAGCAAGUGAGUUUGACCUUUCUGAAUCACCCCCUUAGCAUAGAAUGAUGAAAGAAUCCCUCUGUCGCUGCUUAAUGGAAUCUUUUUGAGUAUGGAUUUUUCUAGUAUAGUCUGCAUUUUUCAAAGGCUCAUCUGGUCGGUGAGCUCAGUCCCGUUUUAAAGUUCGGCAAUCAUCCUUGAAUUGAACAUUUUUAAGAGCAGGAAAUUCCUGUUGCCUCUAUAUAGCUGUGUAUGCAUAAAAAUACCAUGCAGUCCUAGAAGUAAAGUACAUUGAACACAGUGGGGUUGACUUCUGAGCAAUCAUGCAUAGGAUUCCACUGAUUUACUUUGUGGGAUGCUCGGGUAACACAAGAAUUUCACUUAAUUCAGCUAUGUGUCCAUCUAGUUGAGGCUAAUCAAUAGUUAUCUGGGUUUUACUGGUCACCUCAUUCUCUCAUGUAUCUCAGUGAUCUUUUAUCAAUUUUCUGAAUCCUUUACCAAUUUCAGCAAAAGAAAAAUAAACUUUUAUAUAAUAUCAUGUAAGAGUGCCAGUUUAAACCAGUAAUCUGCAUAUUUUAACAAUCAAAUGAAUUAGUCUGUGAUAUAUUAAAUCAAAACAGUGACAUUUCAUAGAAUCUUCUACUAGAAAAAUAGUCAGAGUCAUUCAUAAAAAAUGGUCAACCACUGCACUCUUCAUUCACUAUGUUUCUGCAAACAAAUACCAAAACAAUUCAGAGCUAAUUUGCUUCUGUCCACUUGGUCAUGUUAUAUGGGGUAUUCAAUAGUGGCCAUGAGAUGCAGCUUGUAAGCAUGUCUUAAUAUAGCAACUUUGAAAUAGUGAGGCAGAUAGGAGGAAUAUUUUGUUUCUCUUUUGAAAAUCUCAUAUAUGUAUGUUAAUGCGGAUUUUCCCAAAUGAAGUUUCAUUCACAGAUGGAUAAAGACACUAACUCUAAACUAAGCACACUUUGAUUAAAAGUGAAUAGAUGUCCCAAACUGCUACCAAAACUGCAAAUAAUUAGUUUGUUCUGAAUUUGCUUUAGAUAUGGAAUAUUGAAUCCUCUUCCAAAAUUGCUGACUGCCGAGGACAUAUGAGUUGGGUCCAUUCUGUGACAUUUUCACUUGAUGGGUCAUUAUUUCUCACUUCUUCUGAUGACCAGACAAUAAGGGUGAGCUUAUUCUUUUUCAAAUAUUUGCUGGGAAUUGUGUUUCUUUAAUAAAGCAAGAUUUAGCUUUCCCAUCCAGUUAUAGACUCCCAAGAUCUGGGUAUUUAUUUAUUAUGAGUUGAGUCAAAGGAGGAAUUGUAACAAUCAAAGCAUUCAUGAAACUUUGGCGUAUUUGGGGAAAUGUCACCUGCACCAUUCUUAAAUUCCUUAUUACUGAAAAAUAUUUUGAAAAUAAAAUACUGUAUAUACAUUUAUUAUAUUUAUCAUUCUCUCCUGAACAAAGACAUCUACUUUAAAAUGCAAUAUUAAUAAUUAAUAUAAUAGAAACACUAAAAUUAAAAACCUUAUUAGCACAAUUCAGAUUGACAGGAUGAGUUUGGUUUUGGUAGACCUUAUACUUUUCUGGCUGAGUCUUGGCUAAGCAGGAGUUAUGCUGGCAUAACUCCUUCACCCUGGUUCAGCUGGCAGAACUUAAGCUGAGGCAAGUCCCCCCAAAGCGGUUUUCCUGGGGUGUGGUGGGGGGCAGCAGACAGCAAGGAGAGACACUCCAAACCCACUUUACCUUGGUCAUGUGAUCUAGCAACCUAGCAGAACCUAGCUGGCAAAAAAAGGGUGGCGUUUGGAACAGGUAAAACUUAAGCUGGCUUUUUAUAGUUAGGAUUGUUUUGUGAAUCAGAAGGCACUAGUCCAUAAUUGCGAAUCAGUACACAUGGGCAAUAAAAACAGUAAACCAUAGUAUCAGAAAUAUCUCCCCUUUCCCCCUAAAAGUAGAAAAAAGCAACACCACAGGUUGGAAAUGGACUCAGCAAAUAGAAACAUGCAUUGUUAACUGCUGGUAAAGACCUUUUAAAACAGGAGGGUCUGCAUCAUGGGUAGCUAGUAAGGUGCCCUCCAGAUACUAGAUUUGGACUCCCAUCGUCCCUGCCCAUUGAGUGCAUUCCAGCAACAUCUACACUGGCUACUUGUGGUGUACACUUGUCAGUGGAAUGUGGCUACUGAUGGGGGCUAGUAAGUUGUCUUUGGCAGGAAAUUGGAAUAGUCUGACUGCCACAAUGGAGAAUACCCUGGUCCUAACUCUACAAAUGAUGGAACCUCUUUUUAAAAAAUCUAUUAGACUGAGGACCAUAUGAGAAAAUUGUAGUUUGAUUAAGUGACUGAAAACUAAAAUGCCUGCCUGCAUUAAGUAACUUCAUACAUGAAAGCAAUAUUUUUUAAAGUAUAUUUUUAAAAGACUAAAUGCAGUUCUAAAUUCAGACUUCCAAUUUGUGCCCUAAAGUCUUAAAUUUUUGACAUUGCAGAACUUCUGCUAUAUCCUUCUUCUCUUCAACAGAUAUGGGAGACAAAGAAGGUGUGUGAGUCCUCUGCUGUUGUGUUGAAACGUGAAAUAGAUGUUUUGUUUCCUGUUAAUGAAGUUUUCAUCUUGGCUAUUGACAACAUGAAGCAUCUGCAAGUAAGUAUGUUUUGUAUGUUGCAUAUGGAACGUUUAGAAAGCUUUGGCUUGUAUGACUUGAAUGUAGCCUACAGUACCCAAGAUAAUAGAUGCCUCUCUUACUCCUCCUGCCUUUUUCUCUGGCCAACAUUGGCAUGUGCCAUCCCCACCCCUGAAAGUUGUCCAUAAGGGAAAGCAGCCCUCAGACAAAAAAUGUUAAGUGAGAAGAGUAGGUUCCCAGAUUGAAGAGGAAAAAAACCUGCAUCUAAUGUCACUAGCUGGAUCUGAGUUUUCCAACCAUGUUUGCUGAGUACAAAAUGUGUGGCGCAUAAAUCAAGUUGUGUUGAUUGAAUCCUUCAUCUUGAUGAAUGCCAAUAGGUGCUGAUGUCUGGCUACAUACCAGUAUUGAUUGUACCAUUAGGCUUCACAGUGCCUCAGGGUGUGGAGUUGCUCUUCCUCAGGGUUCUCAGACAGCCAGUUAGCAGACACUCCUGAAUAGCUUGAUCCUGUAAGGGGCCAGACAGGUAGGAAGACAUUUGCAUUUUAUGCAAGAGUCAUUGGAGUUGAAGUAGCUAACCGAUGCUCUUGCCGUGGUUUCCCAAGCCUCUGCCUAGUUCACCAUCCAAGGCAAAAGGAAGAUUUGAAAAGUAUGAAUUUGGGGGAAUACUCAAACUGGCAGAAAGGCUGAGCUCUUCAGUAACAGUGCAUGAAAGAACUGGAACUAUUAAUAGCAAAAGAACGUCAGAAGAAGAGAUGUUCUCAAUUCAAUAGGUGUUAAGAAAUUGUAUCUCCAUUUAUAAUUUCUCAUUGAAACUUCCUUGGAAAUGUGUGUACUAGAACAAUACAGAUGCCUCUGUUUUACACAUUUCUAUUCCACUUAUUCUCCCAUGGAACUUUGAGAGCUCCUGUGGACCACCCUAUCACUAGCGUGUCUCCUGUGAUGUUCAGAAUAUAUGGGCUAUACUCCCACCUCAGCAUAGGAAGCAGGCUUGGAGAAAAGAAUAAAGGGCACAUUCAUAAGUUCUCUGUCCCUUCUUGUAAUCUCCCAGUAUAAAAUGGUAAAGAAAAACUGUUUUUGCAUGCGGUUCCCCCUUUUUUUGUUUUCUUCCGUCUUCCAUGUGGAGACUCUGCUAGGGUCUUCUAUAAACCCUUCUCUAACCUAUCAAAGGGCUAUGAGACUGAAAUGUCAUAAACUUUUUUUUUUCCUGUUUGUAUAAAAGAAAUACCAUUAGGCAACUGUUUUGAAGAGCAAAAUUAUCCAAUUUGGCCACCCUUUUUGUAACAGACUUAUAAAUAAGGAUCAAAGUGGUGAUGUUCUUUUUUGUUCUUCAGUUAGUGUUUGCUGUUAGCGUUGCUAUGGAUAUUUGUGAAGCAGGGAAAAAAAGGUUGCAGCUGUGCAAUGGCGGUGUUCAUGUCUGCCUACCGCUGAAUAGUUAAAGCAUUUGUGAAAAAUAAUUGCAAGGUUUUUUUAGAUACGGAAGAACUCCUUUUAAAGUGAAAUUGUGGGUGGUUUGCCCUUAAAUUCUUCUGCUACUUCUAAUCAUAGAACCAUGUAUUUUGGAGUUUCUUGGUUUGGAGGGCAGAUAAAACUGUUAUAAAUAUGCCAGUAAUCCUAAAAAUCACUACUGAAGUAGAGGAGAGGGUCAGAUGCUUUUUUUAUGUUAAAGCUGUGUGUGUGUGUGUGUGUGUGUGUGUGUGUGUGUUGUACAAUAAUUUCCAAUUAUGCCAUUGCAUUGCAGCUAAUUAAUGGCUUCACAGGCCAGACUGUUUAUCAGACUGAAGAACAGGAGCCUUUCAUUAGCUGCUGUUGCCUAUAUGAAGACCUUCAGACUGCAGCAUUUGGGGAGAAGAAUGGAACAGUAAAGGUAAAGUAGUUGAGAUUAGUUAGGCAUUGGCUUCUCUGAUAGUGAUCAUUUCAGCUGUUAUACAAAAAAUGAUAAACUGUCACUCAGAAUCUCACAAGCAAAAACACUAGCAGGCAAUCAGUUGGAAAAUACUCUAUUCUGGGAUAAUUUAGGUCCAUCAAGCACCUAAUAUUCAGUUCUCCUCAAAUUGCCUGCCACUUUAGAUUAUGACAUUGGGAUUGGACGAGAGAUUUAUUCACCAAGUCAAGCUGAUGAUCAUCUCCUUAGAAUCAUAGAAUUGUAGAGUAGGAAGGGACCACGAUGAUCAUCUAGUCCAACACCCUGCAGUGCAGGAAUCUUUUGCCCAUUGUGGAACUCAAAUCAAUGACCCUGAGAUUGAGUUUCAUUCUGUACCAGCUGAGCUAUCCUUCCUCAUGUUCAGUUCAUGCUUUACUAUAUUGUUGCAGAAAAGUAUAUUAGUUUUGCAAUAUAAUAAAUAUAAAAGCAAAAUAAUUUUCUGUUUCAUUAUAAUUAAACAGGUCCUCUUCCUGAAAAUUUACCCAAGGAAAAGGACGGAAUUCCCUAAUUGAAUUUCUCCGUCCCAAGACCUAAUGGUUUGCAAUACCUGUACUUAUAAAAGGCUGCAUUGGAUCAUUGAGGUCCCCUAAUAGACUUCCCGCUUCCUUGAAACUAGUUUUCCCAGAUUCCUGUACAUGUUGUGAGUCAAAUAUACAAAGAAUAUUGUACUUAGAACUGAACUGUACUUUGUUUUUAAGGUUCUCUCAGUAUGUUUUCUGGUAUUCUCAAAUCCAGUUAUGAAGCAUCACGCUUUGAUAAUGAAUACAUUAAUUUCCUUUUUGCAUCAUGUAUUUUUUAUGUAUACCUACCUAUUAUAAAGUGCCUGUUGGUUGUGCUCUCUAGUAAAUAAUCAAGCACUUUAUAAAUACAAUACUUGCUAUAAAUGUGUAAUUUUUUCAGUAAGAAUGCAUUUUUUAAAAGAUACCUUUUAAUAGCCAUGCAGAUAAAUAGGGACCGCUUACCAGCGGGAAGGUAAACGGCGUUUCCGUGUGCUGCGCUGGUGCUGGCUCGCCAGAUGCAGCUUGUCACGCUGGCCACGUGACCUGGAAGUGUCUGCGGACAGCGCUGGUUCCCGGCCUCUAGAGUGAGAUGAGCGCACAACCCUAGAGUCUGUCAAGACUGGCCCGUACGGGCAGGGGUACCUUUACCUUUACCUUUAAUGAAGUAGAAAGAAGAAUAUCUGCUGCCCAUAUGGAUUGCUAUGCAUAUGUCUGGCCAUAGAUCAUGCAGGAAGUUUUUGUUGCAUGUUUCAUUUAUAAUUUCUCCUUUUAGUUGUUUUAGGUUAAAAUAAUGAAGGAGGAAACUUUGCUUUAAAGUAGCUUUUUUAUAACACAAUCUCAUUCAUUAUACUACUGCUUUUUAAAAAUAUACUUGUGGAUUAGCAUCUCUAUUUCCUUUCAAUCUGUAAGUGAUGUGAACUCACAACAGUCUGUUGUCUGAUCCCAUUUUUAAAAGGUAUUAAAUCUAUCAAGUGGGAAUAUUUUAAAAUCCAGAACUGGACACAAGGAAGCUGUACAACACUGCCAGUUUACUUCUGAUGGGAAAACACUCAUUUCUAGCUCUGAUGACUCAACUAUACAGGUGUGAAACAUUUUAAACUAUUGCUUGAGAAUAUAUAUUUCUGAAGAAGCUAGGUGCAAUCCAGCAAAGUUUAUGUUUUGUUUAAAGCUUGAUAUUUAUUUAUUUUGGGGGUGCUUUGUGAGGGUAAGAUGAAAAUGCUUCUUAGGUAUCAAAGAAUUCUUUUGGAAGGGGGUUUAAAGACCUUGUGGGAGUAGUAUUAUUGUCUUGUAAAGAAAAGUUGAAGGUUUUUUGUUUUACUAAAGAAAUAAGUCUUGUUUUCACCAUAAAAGCAAGCCAGAGUUGAACCCAAAUUCCCAUACUCUAUUCUAAUUUCUGUUUUAUUAGGUGUGGAAUUGGCAAACAGAGGAAUUUAUUCUCCUGAAAGGUCACAAGGAACCUGUCAAGAAUUUUCACCUUCUAAAACACUCAGGGCUUCUUUCAUGGUCAUUUGAUGGGACAGUUAAGGUAAAUAAAAAACCUAAGCAUUGACAACUUAGAUUUGUGCCUAUAGCUAAAGAAAUGCACAUCAUGUGAACAUCAUAUUUGUUGUGUUUUCAAAGUUAGAUAACACUAUUUACGAGUCUUGUUUUGACUGCAAAAUACUCAGUGGUUAAAGUACGUACUUUUUUUUAAAGCAUCUACUGCUAAGUAUUUUGAAAGACAAAAACACCAAACACCUGUGUACUGUUUAUAAGCCCUUCUACCUGCACUAUUGUUUACUGGCACAUUUUAAUAUUACAGCUCUGGAACACAGUUACAGGAGAACUUGAGAGAGAUAUCAUUUGCCAUGAAGACACUAUUCUUUCUUGUGUAAUUUCACCCAAUACCACUAUGUUUUCAACUACCUCUGCUGACAAGACUGCCAAGGUCAGUACAGGUUUACAAAUGAAUGCUAAAACAAAGCACCAUCUACUCUGAAUUUAGCACAUUUUUAUCCUAAUUCAGUAGAGGAGUUACAUAAAUGCUUGAUGGUAUUUUGCUGAUAAUCAGAAAGAUCUUAAAAGUUGCCAACUCUUAACUUAAUCAUGACCUAUGAGCUUAGUCCUGGCCCCUCUUCUAAAUACAAUGAGAUCCAAUGGACAUAAUCCUAUCCACUCCAGAUGCAGCACCUAAGGGCAUGACAGAACUCUUUCCCCCCUCUUCUUUCCCCCUGUGAAAUGACAUAUUGUUGAGCACUGUGCCAGGUUGUUACAAGGAAUUUGAGACCUGCAUACACAGCUUGCAUCCUCAUCCAGCUUCUUUGGAAAUGGAUUUGACGGAAUGCACACGUUCACGGGGGUAGGGAUGACAUGCACGCAAAUGCCUUUAGAGGGAAUGAGCCCCUGUAUCUUGUGUGCACUGUCAAACAUGUAUUUGGUGAAGUCAGAUCUGGGGGAACUGAUUCAAAUCACUUCCUAUCACUGAUCAUAUGACUCCAUAGUUAUUUAUACCCUAGCCCUUUCCAUUCUCUUUUAAGUGGCUCAGAGAAGAUUUUCCACUUUCAGUCUUGUUACUUCUCUCUUUUUUUUGUUACCUUUACCACGUAAAUUAUUCACGUGUUCCAGAUUACCAGGUAAAUGGGAGAAACAUCAAGUAGGAGUAAAUCUUGGACUGAUAAAACCUGUCCUCCAAGCGUAAGGCCAAAAUGUCUCCUUCAACUGUCUUUUUAGGAGUUUGGCCAAAGCAGCAUUGGGCUUUUGUAAUUUAAAUUGUCAUCAUUAUUCUGAAACAAGUAAUUUCUAACAAUGGCAAGGGAAAUAUGAAGUACAAACAAUUGCAAAUACCCAUCAGCUUUCUCUUCUUUUAACUUCAGUUGAAUACAGUUAGCCAGGUAUGGUAUAUUACAGGGGCUUGCUACAAUUCUAUUUCUCCCAUUUCAGAAAUAAAACAUCUAAAUUAAGGAUUUAGAUGCAGCUCCCUGGACAGUUCUCUUGUGCAAGGCAGUAUAGGAAAGCUACUUUCCAAGAAAUAUUUACAGGUUUACCUAGGAGAUCCUCAGUCAAAAGAUCAGUAAUAUGGAGAGCCUCACUGGAGCAGAGAAAAGGUCCUUCUAGUCUUGUAACCUGCUUCACACAGUGGCAAACCAUAUGCCUCCUAGCCCAGAGGCAGGGCUGAAGGCAAUAGUCCUCUCCUGCUGUUGCUCCCCAGUAGUUGAGAUUCAAUAGCAUACUGCUUCGGAAUUUCUGUGUAGCCUCCAUGGCAAUCAUAGCCUUUGUAGAUCUGACUUCUAUGCGUUCGUCUUCUUUUAAAACCAUCUCAUGUUUUUAAACAAGCUCAUGGCCAUCUCCACAUCUUCUUGCACUGAGUUCCAUUAAUUAUGUGAUGCAUGAAGAAGUACUUUCCUUUGUCUGUCCUGAAUCUGCUUCCAAUAAUUUUACUGGUUGAUGAGGGGGAGAAAAGGUUUUGUCCACUUUCUCAGCACCAGGCAUACUUAGAAACCCCUGUGUUCUCCCUUAGCUGUCUUGUUUAAUCUAAAACGAAACAAAAACCUAAAACACGUCAGCUUUCAUUUGCAAGGUGCACCACCUAACUUCUCAUUUUGGUUGUCCCUUUAUAUACCUUCUGCACUUUGCUCUGUCCUAAACCAUCUGUGUAGAAAAGUUUAGCUUGCUUUCUAUUGUGGGAGUACCUUAACCAAUUUUCAUAUCUGAGUCAUUAAAGUCCAAAUAUCUUUUACAGGUAGGAAGCUCAAAAUGAACCUAAAAAUACUGGAAUAUAAUUUAACAACGUGUUUCAUGUUUUAAAUCUUUAGGUAUGGAGUUUUGAAAGUUCAUUGGUUCUUCAUAAGCUGAAUGGUCACGACGGCUGUGUGAGGUGCUGUGCCUUCUCCCUUGACAAUGAAUUGUUAGCUACAGGAGAUGACAAUGGGGAAAUACGGGUACUCCAUUUUGUUUUUAAACGAUUUAUUUAAAAAUUUAGCAUAAGAAGUUAUUGCAGCAGGUAUCGGCUAGUUAAGUGGACACAUGAGUUUCUCACAAAUUAGGUGGUGGCUCUUUGGUACUGUAAGACCUGGUUUGGAUGACCGCGUACAGGUUUUAGAAUUCCAAUGCAACAAGAAUAUUAACAGAGUUGGAGAAGGAUGUCAGGUGCAGUUCUGAUAACAAAAAGAUGAUUAGAAAUAGAAAGGCUGCAUUAAAUCCAAAGGAAAGUAGGAUUAAUGAUUAAAGGGUAUUGGGGAAAGGAAGGCAAUUCUUCAUUAUAGAUCAUAAACAUAUUUACAUAUAAAUGUGGGACUUACUUGCCUCCACUGUUUUGUUGUUAAUAUGUGUUGCAUCUUGAUAAAUGCAUACAUUUUUAUGUCAUUCUGCAUUGAUUAAUCUUUCCCUUCUGUCCCAUGCAGCUAUUCAUUUCUAACAUGUGAUUUGUCUCUCCAAAACUAAUGAGAGCACAUAGAGAAUGCAGUAUAGAGUGGUCCCUUUGAAUGCUCGUUUUGCCACUGGUGGCUUCAGUGUUGCCCCAAACUUGUAGAGGAUUAGGGCUGACAGUGCAAAGAAAUGUAUGCAUCGAGCCUUGGUUGUAAGCACAAUAUGUGACACUCUAAAAUUAGUCAUUACUGCUUAGAUGGUGUGGAAGAAAAGGUGGUAGCCUUUAUUUACAAUUUUCAUACUUUUCAUGCACAAGUGAAUUGAGAGAAUUCUUAAACAGUUCUUUAAAUCUAUAAUUUUAUGAAGGCUAGCACAUGAGGUAAUGAGUUUAAAUGGCAGAAAAGUACAUAUAGCAUGGCUCAGAAAUGUUUGUUAAGUUGAGGAUGUUUCAGAGAACAGGGUUGACAGAUAUGUCAGAAACACCUGUGGCAGGGGUGGGGAAUCUCUGGCCUGUGGCCAGUCUUGGCCUGCCAUGGGACCCUUGAGACCAUUUCCCUCAAACUGUGCUCAUAAGCAGAUACGGUUUAAUCCUGCAUUAGCUAUGCAAUUCUUUUCCCAGCCAAAAACAAGAUUGCACAGCAAAGGCAGCAGGGUUUUUUAAUUAUUAGUUUUCAUAUUAUAAAACCAUCAGCUAAAUUGGGAUGAAAGCUCUGUGCCAAAGCACCCUUUGAAGCAGCUCAUGGAGACAGCACCUGAGGAUCAAACAGGAGCAUGGGGGCUUCCUUAAAGCCAUUUGUAAGCCUCUCGCCGCCUCCUCCAAUUUCAGAGGCUGAAAAGGGGAGCACUGGGAGACUUGCAAAAGAUUUUGUGAGUUCCAUCUCCCCCUUUUAAGGCUCCAAGGUUAGGGACUUAAAGGGCUUUUUGUGGGUUUUCCCACACUCCCCUUUUAAGCUUCUGAGACUGGCGGAUUUAAAAAGGGGGCACAAGUGAUUUUGACAUGUGAUGUUACAUGAUUGACAGGUGGGUAAAGUCAUCCACCUGUCAAAGUUGAGCCCAUGGAGUUAAAAAUGUUUCCUGUCUUGACCUCAGGUGUGGGAUAGGUUUCCUUGUGGUUUGUAGAAAUUUUCUGUGCCAAGGUCAUUUUAUCUAGUUGAGAUUCCUGCAUUGCAGGGGACUGGACUAGAUAAUUAUACUAUUUUUUGAUUUUAAGGGACUAUGAACAUAACUACAGUUACACUGCAACCUUAUCCUGUUUUUGUCUGUUUUUGUACUGCUUGUGUCUCAGGUUUGGAAUGUAUUGAGAGGAGAACUGCUUCACCUCUAUUCCCAUGCUUCAAAGAGUGAGGGAGAAUCAGCCUACGGAGGCUGGGUAACAGACCUUCGCUUUUCCCCUGAUAGUCAGAUACUUGUUUCUUCUGGGGGAUGCAUUCAGGUAAGUUCAACAAGAAUGGGUACCAAAGGAGAAUUAUUUUGCAAUUUAUUAACAAAUGUGAAAAUGUGAAAUAACUCUAAAUACAUAGUAAAUUGUCAGGAUUUCAUUAGUGUUUUGUUGCAAAUAGAAAAUAUAUCCAAAAGGUUUAAAGAUGUUAAAAUGUUGUAUCAGUCAGUUGUCCUCAACCAUUGUAUUCUGAAAAUGACAUCUGAGAAAUUAAUAGUGUGCACUUAAUGUGUAGAUCUAGAGUGGGACUCCCAAGUUAUUGGUAUCAUAUCUGUAACAUGCUACAUUCAGAUUUAUUGCUUCCUAAUUGAAAACUUGUUUUCUCUUCCUCCUAGUGGUGGAAUGUAGCUACUGGGCAACUCCUACAAACAUUCUAUACAAAUGGAACAAACCUUAAAUCAUUACACGUUUCUCCAGAUUUCAAAGUAUGUGUGACUGUUGAUAAUCUUGGCAUUCUUUACGUGCUACAGAUUAUGAAAUAAAUCUGUUUAAAACUGAUUGUAACUGCAGUGUUUUGAGCCGGAAGCAUAUUCCCAAAAAACUUUCUUUAAACUGUGAAGUCAUUUUGACUCUGGCAUAAAUUACCUGUAUGGUAAAUUUGUAAAUGUUCCUAAAUCAGCAUACAUUUUAUAUGUUGUGUUUUGAUCAGCAGUUUGAUAUGCAUUUUAUAUGUGGCUUUUCCCAUGGUUAGUUACAUCCAGAUUAAACUUUAGCCAAACUUUAGUCCCCCUGAAAUCAAUGGGACUAAUAUUGAGGACUAAAGUUGCCCUGAUCCAAUAUGUAUGCUAAGUAGUAUACUAAUGAUAAUUGGUAGGUGAAUUACCAGCCCCAUGAUAACUGAAAUAUUUUCACUGAUCUAGUGGCAAAUGUUUCUAAGCCAUAAGUACAUUUCCAUAAAAUACCAUAAACCUCUGUUUUACUAAUGCAAUUUUGUCUUGAGACAAAAGUAGGGGUGUGGAUGUUCUAAAAAAACCAAACACUUUAAUAUUUAAAAAGAAUUUUAAGAGCCAUGAUACACAAUGUGACUAAAAACUCCAGUAGGAGGAAAUUAUACUCCAAAUGGUACUAUUAUGUUUUUAGGAGUAGCAGAUUCAUGCUUCUCACACAUAGCCUUGGUUUGCACGUAAAUCUAGGCCAAACCAUGGCCAAUUGAAUUUACAAGUGUUUGAGUAUUCGCAGGAAAAAUUGUGACCCUGCUGCUGCCAUGGUCCACACAGGUAAGCCAAACUAUGGUUUGACUUGGCAUUACAUCAAAACCUGAGUAUAGUUGUCUGAAUGAGACAACCCAUGAACACUGGCUCAGACAUAACACGAAGUCAAAAAGUGGCUUAGUUCUGCGUAGUGCUGCAACAAAGCAGCUGUAAUUUGCUCUGUGAGUAUCACAUACUUUCACAUUUGAGCUAUUGUUUGUGCAAACUGGGCUAGUGUGGUAAGGGCGCAGAACUCUGCACCUGCUUUAUUCUUAGGGCAUAUGGAGAAAAUUUUCUGAAGGUAAAUUUCCCCUGAAGUUAUUGGAAGCUGGCUUAUCUGUUUGUUUUUGGAUAAAACCAAAAUAUCAGUGUCAGAUCUACUAAAGUAGAUGGUAUUAUUUCAAAUGAAGUUUUCUGAUUGCAAAAUCAUAAUGUAGCUUUAUUUUUUAUUUUAAGAUAGCAUAUCUCAGAUUUUUCUCAACUGCAUUUCUUCACUCUUGUGUCAGCAAAUAUUUAAUUGAAAAGGACAACAUAAAAUAAUUCAUGUUGCAUAUAAUCUUUAACUGAAAUAUAUUGUCCCCCUUCGGGUAAAUUCUAGUCAUACUUGGGACUCCUCCCGUCAUCUUAAUGGAAUGGGAGCCAGUCCAGUGAUGUCAGGACUCUAGACCAAAAGAAAGGUGUCCGCAAUGUGGCUCUUUCCCAUGUUGGUGUCACCAACUGUGAGUACACACCACAAAUCUAGGAUUUUCACCAUUAACGUCUAAGGAGUUUAUGAGCAGGUUAGGAAUAGAAAUUAUUUCCAAUGCAUAAGCAAUCUCUAAUAAUUAUAGCAACCAAUUAGUUACACUUGUUUCAAAGUUUUUGCCAUCUCCAUUUCAGUACUUCUUGUGUUUGUGUUUCAGGUUAAAUUUAAUCAUUGCCUUUCUGCAGUUGCCAAACUGUAUUUUUUUAAAAAAAAAUAUGUUGUGUUUUAAUUAGCAGUACCCUCAUGCUGUAUCUGGAAAUGUGAUCCUUUGGGCUAGCUUCAGUGAAUUGUGACCCUAUUCUCACCUGUGCAUCCCUUGCUAGGAAGCCUUCCCAUUAAGAAAAGAACACAAUUCAAAGGGAUGUAAAGGAAACCCUUACUCUUUGACACAGUGUUCCACUGAAUGGCUGUGCAGGAGCUGGAGUGGAGAAUUAUUUGUGUUAUGGGGGCUCAUUAAGAUUCAAUGAAGGAUGUUGAAGAAACAAGGAUUUAGUUGGGUUUUUUAAAAGGUUUAAUUUAGAUUUUAGUAGCUUGUGGACAAUAUUUUAAGGUAACAUUCAUCAAAUGAGAUUGUCUAAAUUUUCCGCUGGCGUUAUCUAUUAGAACUUAAGAUACAGCUAGAUAAUUAAAAUGAGGCUCAUUGGUCUAUUACAUUAGGAGAAAGGAAUUGUUUCCGGUUUAUCUGGCAUUACAAGAGAUAAUCGGAGUACUAAGAGCAGCUCAACUUUUGCUUUUAGCUAUACUGUACUGUGUUGGUGUUAAUUGGAAUAUAUCUGUGCAUCAAAGGAAAUUGCUGAAUUUGCUGACUGCUGAUUUUUUUAAUGUUUCUAAAACUUUGCAUUAGCAAAGUUGCCGGGUUUUAAUUAAACAAGUUUGUGCAUUUGAAAGCAAUAAAUAUUUUAAUAUA